AAUUUCAAGGUCGUUUAUAAAAAGAGAAAAUAAUAUGUUUAGGAUAAAUCAGUAUAUUUAAAAAGAAAUUAAUACGACAACUUUACUGGGCAGCAAAUCAUACCACUAGCAAAUUCUUAUAUUUGAACACUGAAGACGUUUUGUAGUAUUCAUAAAUCUUAUUAUAGAGAGGAUAAUAUUUGUACAUUGAAAAGGAUUUUAUAAUAAAAAGAAAAUAGGUAGUAGGAAUAUGAAAAAUAAGUAUGCCAUUAUUUUGAUAUGUGGCUUAGGGUUGUGUAUUUUUGCGGUUUUUGUUUGGGAACAGCGUGAAUACACUACGGAACCGAUACAGAAGGAGACAGGCAAUAGCUUGGGAAAGAUUUAUGACGAAUAUCGGGGGUUUAUAAGCACUGUUCAAGUAAAGUGCCAACAUGAAACAAGAUGUGGACCGAAAAGUGAUUCGGGAUACAGUGUGUGUAGUGACAUGCAGUACGAACCCAGAAAGCCAUGUCUCGUAUAUUCAUUUGGAUCACACUUCAUAUUUGGAUUCGAAAUUGAUGUAAUAAGGAAGUUCGAAUGUGAAAUCCAUACAUUUGAUCCAAGUAUUCCAAUUGCUGGUCAUCAUAUUCCGGAAGGCAUUAAUUUUCAUCUUAUCGGACUAUCAGACACCGACUCAACUAACGAACUUGGAUGGAAAAUGAGACAGCUCUCAACAAUUCGGAAGUCUUUAAACCAUACUAAUACAAUCUUGGAUAUUCUGAAGUUAGACAUUGAAGGCUACGAGUGGAAGGCGAUCCCAAACAUGAUUUCUUCUGGAGACUUUUCAUUUGUCAGGCAACUUGUUAUAGAAGUUCACUUUGGAAAUGUGAAGACAGGUAUGGGGAAAGAUGGAUACAUGAAGGUCAAGUCCGAAUACUGGGGAAACGUAACACCAUCUGAACAACUCGAAGUACUUAAACAGCUUCAGUAUAACGGUUUUCGAGUGUUUUCCUUUCAAAGAAAUCCACGUACAAAAAUAAGAGUUCCUGAAUCUCAUCACCAAAGUAUAUUUACAUGCAAUAUCAUUUCAUUGAUCAAUAUAAAUUUUAAAUUAAGUUAAAAGAAUAAAUAUCAGAACAUUUUCAACGAUUUAUGUUUUUUCCAACCCAUGACUUUUGUUGUAUAACAUUUAAGAGACUAUCUGGAUGAGUUUCAAGUUCAGCAUGACAUUAAGCUUAAUAUAUUCUCUCAAUUCUGUGCUUUCAUUGUUCCUUUAACAAUCUUGAUGUGCAUUAAAUGCUUAUCUUUUUGGUAAGCGCUUAUAUUGAUUUCACGAGUUCAUCAUUUAAAUCAAUAAACUCACAUUUGUUUGAAUUUUUUAUCAUAUGAAUUUUGUUCGAGAAAGCUGCUUUCCUAAAUGUAAAUCACUAUGCAUGUAAAUGUCACUAAGAGUGUGAAGGUGGAUUAUUAUAGAUUUUCAAGGAUUUUCAGUUGGUAUUUGACUGAACAGUGUUCCAACAUCAGGUAAUUACUUUGCCAUUGUAAUAUUGCCUGUGUGUAAAAUUGUUAUCGAGAGUGUCAUAUAGGAUGUAGGCUGAUAGGAGUAGGCAAAAUGUGCUUGUGUUAGUUACACAAAGUAACUAGAGUCAUGUCAUUCUAUUUUGAUUAAAGACCAGUUAUAUCAUA